ACUCGGACAGUAUUCGUGUGAUAUUUCGAGGGGUCGAGAGAAUCUUGAAAAAAGCCCUAAAAAAGAUUUUGGCUUUUUUUAUUUUCUCCACUGCCAAAGUCCCAACAACCCAGCACUCUUAUGUUAAAGCGACAUCUCAGACCGCCACCACCACAAAAGGAAAAAGAAGGAGAACAUCAAAAUUUGCUUGCUCUGCUGCUCUGUUUGCUCAACAUGCCUUGCCUUGUUUCUUGUCGAAAUUUCUCAUAUUCAUAUAUGUAUAUAUAUUUUUCCUUGUAGUGGUAUCUGUCCAAAAAGAACGAGCAACUGCUGGGACAAAGAUGGUUUGGCUUCUGGUGGUGAUGGUCCUCUGCGACGCAGUUGCUGUACAAGGAGCCAGCACGAGACCGGACGUAGUGAACGUCGGUGCUGUUUUUACGUUCGGAUCUGUGAUCGGAAGAGUCAUAAAAGUUGCCAUGGAGGCUGCUGUUGAAGACGUGAAUUCCAGCCCGAGCAUCCUCAAUGGCACUCAUCUCAAGAUCAUCAUGCACGACACUAAGUUCAUUGGCUUCAUGAGCAUUGUCGAAACUCUACGGUUCAUGGAGACGGACACUGUGGCAAUAAUCGGCCCUCAGAGAUCGACAACUGCUCAUGUAGUAGCUCACGUCGCGACAGAACUAUCCAUUCCUCUGCUCUCAUUCACGGCCACAGACCCCACCAUGUCUCCUCUGCAGUACCCCUUCUUCAUCAGAACCUCGCUGAGCGAUCUCUUUCAGAUGGCCGCUGUGGCAGACAUCGUCCAUUACUACGGCUGGAGAGAAGUCAUAGCUAUCUAUGGCGACGAUGAUUACGGACGGAAUGGGAUUGCCGCCUUGGGCGACAAAUUGGCCGAGAAACGUUGCAGAAUCUCAUACAAAGCGGCUUUGCCCCCCGAGCCCACCAGAGAUGACAUCGUUAACUUGCUGGUUAAGGUAGCUUUGAGCGAGUCACGGAUCAUCGUUGUUCAUGCUUUCUUCUACUGGGGCCUAGAUGUGUUCAGCGUGGCCCAGUCUCUCGGGAUGAUGACCACGGGUUACGUGUGGAUCGCCACCAACUGGCUCUCUUCCAUCAUAGACACUGACUCUCCCCUUCCCAUGGACACCAUGAAUAGCAUUCAAGGCGUCAUUGCUCUGCGCAUUCACACUCCAGACUCUCCUCUCAAGAGGAAUUUUGUCUCCAGGUGGCAUAAUAUGACUCAUGUCGGGCUGAGCACUUAUGGACUGUAUGCCUAUGACACCGUCUGGUUGCUUGCCCACGCCAUUGAUGAUUUCUUCAAGAAAGGUGGAAAUAUUUCCUUCUCCAAGAACUCGAUGAUUUCCAAAUUUCAGGGCGGAAACUUGCAUCUUGAUGCUUUGAAUAUCUUUGAUGGAGGAAAGCUGUUUCUUGAUAGCAUCUUAAACGUUGAUAGAAUCGGGCUGACGGGUCGAAUGAAGUUUACUCAGGACAGGAACCUCAUAAACCAAGAGUUUGAUGUGCUCAAUAUCAUUGGCACUGGUUACAGGACAAUCGGCUACUGGUCUAACCAUCUGGGCUUGUCCAUAAACCCGCCAGAGGAAACGAAAAGUCAAUCUUUUCCGGGACAGAGGCUUCAUAGUGUAGUCUGGCCAGGACAGACAACACAGAAGCCCCGUGGAUGGGUUUUCCCUUACAACGGAAGGCAUCUGAGGAUUGGAGUGCCGAACCGUAACAGUUUCAAAGAGUUUGUGUCUGUCGGAAGCAACGGUAUCAUCACCGGAUACUGUGUCGAUGUCUUCUAUGCAGCUUUGACCCUGCUGCCUUAUGCAGUCCCAUUCGAGCUCAUACCUUUUGGGAAUGGACAUGACAAUCCGAGUGGCACAGAGCUGGUGCGCCUGAUAACUGCAGGGGUCUACGACGCAGGCAUUGGAGAUAUAACUAUAAUAACAGAAAGAACCAAGAUGGCAGAUUUUACGCAGCCAUACGUGGAGUCAGGACUAGUGGUGGUGGCUCCAGUCCGGAAGCUCGGUUCGAGUGCUUGGGCAUUCUUGAGGCCGUUCACUCCCCAGAUGUGGAUCGUGGCCGCUGCCUCUUUCCUGGUGGUGGGUGUUGUCAUUUGGUUUCUGGAGCACAGACACAACGACGAGUUUCGAGGUUCUCCUCGACGACAAAUCAUCACCACUUUCUGGUUCAGCUUUUCAACUCUCUUUUUCUCUCACAGAGAGAACACCAUCAGCACUCUUGGGCGGAUAGUGCUGAUAAUAUGGCUAUCAGUGGUUCUCAUAAUCAACUCGAGUUACACUGCGAGCCUUACUUCAAUUCUCACGGUCCAUCAGCUCUCGUCGCCCAUCAAAGGCAUAGAGACUUUGGAGGCAAGCAAUGAUCGGAUCGGCUAUCCACAAGGCUCCUUUAUCAGAGACUAUCUGGUUAACGAGCUCAGAAUCCACGAGUCGAGACUUGUCCCACUUCGCUCCCAGGAGGAGUAUGAUAAGGCCCUGCGAGAAGGUCCUGGUAAAGGCGGCGUUGCUGCCGUCGUGGAUGAACACGCUUACAUCGAACUUUUCCUCUCAAACCGAUGUGAAUUCGGCAUAGUUGGGCACGAGUUCACCAAAAACGGAUGGGGAUUUGCAUUUCCCAGAAACUCGCCUUUGGCAGUGGACUUCUCGACGGCGAUUCUGCAACUAUCAGAAAACGGGGAUCUUCAGAGGAUUCAUGACAAAUGGUUGCUGAGAAAAGCGUGUUCAUUGCAAGGUGCAGAGAUAGAAGUAGACAGGCUCGAACUGAAGAGCUUCUGGGGAUUGUUUGUGGUCUGUGGAAUGGCUUGCCUUUUCACUCUCUUAAUCUAUUCAGUAUUGGUAAUACGUCAGUUCUGUCGGUACUUCCCUCAAGAAGCAGAGGCCUCCACCAGGAGAAGCUCGCCAUCAGCACGCAUCCAUACUUUCCUCUCCUUCGUUAAUGAAAAGGAAGAGGACGUUAAAGGUCGGUCCAAGCGAAGGCAGUUUGAAGAUAUCACGGUAAAUGGUACAAGCCAUUGCUGAUACAUAUUCUCAUCUCCCCUGUUUUGAUCAGAUCCGGUAUGUUCCUCGUGAAAAUCAGCAUCUUUUUAUGUAUAAUUAACGUCCUUCUUUUCGUUUUCCUGCAGUGUAUACUUGUCAUAUUGUCUGUUCGAUACGCUUAAUUUUUAGCUGAUCUUGAUAGUUUUGAACAGAUUA